AUGACCGAGGACGCCAUCAACAAUACCUUGGAGAGAUCGACUAUACCCUCUCACCAGCACGCCGAGACUCUGCAAAGAGUAGUUGAAAGCGGCAGAAGGAUUUACUCAAUUUUGGCACUGCUGGACUUCUAUCAGUAUCUGGCCAACUUCAUUGAAGGUGACCAACUCGACGACGCUAAGCUCCCUUUUAGAAUCGAUACACUCCAAACUCUUGAGAUCCCUGAAGACGAUGCCAAAGACUUUGAGAACAAACAGUGGGAGCUUCUUGCGCCUGUAUUUCGUCGCGGUACUCUCAAUAAACGUCUUGAUGAGAGCCUCAUCCUCCCUUUCACCCAAGAGAAGAGAAUCGGUAAAGGUGCAUUUGGCACAGUCUAUGAGACCGUCCUUGAUCCUAAUCACCAACUACUUUCAGGCGAAUUUUUUCCGCAAGUUGUAGCUAGAAAGGAGUUCCACAUCAAGGGCCACCAUCACAAAGAGCUUGAGAACCUGUCAAUUCUCAACCAUCUCAAACAUGCCAACAUUGUUGAACUUUUGGGGUCCUUUACAAGCGGAGACUUACACAACCUGUUCUUUCCCUUAGCAAGCGAUGGUAAUCUCUAUGAUGUUUUGUCAUCAGAUCGCCAAGCAGAUUUAUUCGCCUCUUCUGAAACAAUGCUCGUUGAACUUGCUGCUUUAUCCUCUGCUAUCGAGCACGUUCAUGAUUUUUCCAAGGAAAACCUCGAUCUGGAGUUGAUUGGCUGUCACCAUGAUCUCCGUCCCCGCAACAUUCUCGUUUCAGGCAGCAAGCUAAUACUGGCUGACUUCGGCCUCUCAACGCUCAAGCCAUCUUCACAAAACUCAGAGACUCCGUUCAAGCACAAUGGUGACGAUUAUUUGGCUCCUGAGUGCGAAGACUGGGACAACAGCUUUGUCCCUGGUAAGGUUCAUCGAUCUGCUGAUAUAUGGUCUUUUGGGUGCAUUAUGGCCGAGAUUGUUACGUACCUUGUCUCAGGUCGUGAGGGAGUUGAAGAGUUUAGACAAAAGAGGAAACACAAAGUUCGAAACUGGACAUUCUAUCAAUUUCACCAAGGCCUUGAUCGACCAAGCGACGCAGUACAUCAAUGGUUAUCGGACCUUGAGACUACAGGCCCUACAUGCACUGCGUUGCUUGUCAAGAGUAUAUGCCAAACAAUAGCUAUCAACCAAGCCUUAAGACCUACAGCUAGUAGUGUCACCUGCAAGCUUCGAUUUAUAGCUGUACACGAAAUAUCAGUAUCGAUCAACGAAUUAUUCAGGCAACUGAAACACGCAGCACCAUCUAUAGACAUGUCCCUCGAACGCGAAAGGUUUCGGGCUUGGCAACAUGCCAUUGGCCUGGAUGACCUGAAAGGGAAACUGUCUCAGCCCAAAGGCAGCGGAUCAAGCGACGAGAGUACCAUGACACAGUAUAGUGGAAUAAUGGAAAGUUUGCGUCGCCUUAGAGAAGACCUGCAAGACAGACUUUCUAGAGGACUGGACUCACAGCGCUUGGACUUGUCACGCCUGGUGAGGCUACAGGAUGAGUUGCACUACUUCCUAGAUCAACAACAGAAGAAUGCAUCACAAGCGUACUUCCUUGUCUCUCUGCUGAGCGGCCAGGACGCAGCUCUAGGCACCCUCAACGAAGAUGGCGACCAGACCCUUGGAGCAAUCAGCCAUGACUUGCGUAUGCGAGCCAAUAUAAGAUACAUCAACAGCCUGCUGGUUUCAGAGUCUGUUGGGGGUCAAGACCCCCCACGAAGCGGAUUUGAACCUCUACUCUCAAACCAGACUAUUCUUAUCGAUCCUAGCAGAAUCCCGAAGUUGAAGCCAAUCGGUGACCAUCACUUUGGAUCCGGGCUUCUAGAGAAGAGUGACUCGGAUACUAUAGUGAGCCGCCCCAUAUGGGUUGAGUGGCGCAGAUACGAACAUCAUGGUGCUAGUGAAGAUACUAUGGCCAAGUUGUACGCUCGGGCUACUCAGACCGCCAAUCUGUUAUCCCAGAAAAAGCCCGAUUCAUUUCGAACGCUUGACUGCCUGGGACUCUUCCAUGAGCCAUCAAGAGGUGCCUUCGGCCUACUCUUUGAAUUCCCUCCUUAUUCCAGCAACCCCCCCCAUGCCCUGACUGGUACGCUAACCGGUCAUGGCAACGGUGCUCUUCUCGGAGGCACAGUCACGCUGGACAACAGGAAUAAGCCUGUUGUCAUGACUCUGCGCGAUCGGCUCCAAAAGGAUAAUCCCACUUCAACCCACUCACGUGCUGCGACUGCGGCGCCCGACCUUGAUGACAAGUUUAAACUAGCAGCAACACUGGCAACGUCAUUAUUUGAGUUGCACACUGUUGGAUGGUUGCAUAAGAGUUUGACGAGCUCCAACAUCGUAUUCUUCCCUUCAUUUACGUUGCUACCAGAUUCUUUCGGCAAAGACACCGAUGUUACAGAGCACGGCUGGGCUGCUAACAGCCAAUCAAUACGAGAACCCUACCUUGUAGGCUUUAAUCACAGUAGACCAGAUGACCCUACGACAUUUACCUCUGGUCUCACAGAUUCAGAGUCAAGACACUACCAGCACCCAGCGUAUCUGAAAGCCGGUGUUAGCUACCGUUUGGAGUUUGACUAUUAUAGUCUGGGGAUUCUUCUCCUCGAGAUCGGCUUUUGGAAGCCGUUUAGUAAGAUCACCAAGGAUUGGAGCGGCUCAUUUGAAGAGCGCCGGCAGAGACUACUCACAAACCGUGUGCCGAAGCUCGCUCAGCAUAUGGGGCGUGAUUAUAGUGAAGCAUCGGCGGCGGAGGAGUGUUCAAAACUUGAAGAUGAUGACAUUUUCCUUGAACAACAAAAUGGAAUGUUGUACUUCUCGCAGACGAAAAGUACACAGACUCCCGAUCAUCUUAUUCUUAGUCUAACUCAUUCCACGUUUCUCAGCUCUCGGCUUUUCUCCAGCGAGGGGGUUUCUCAACACUCUAAUUCUACCUCAGGAUGGAACCUGAUUACAUUUCUUGCUGUCGUCCAAAAACUAGAGAUUAAAAUCUUGCCAGUCGCAUGGGAGCCUGGGAGGCAAUUAAUUGGGAGAGGUGGAACAAGCCAGAUCAACCAGUCUGUCGUAACCCUCCAGGCGAGCUUUGCCUUCAAGCGUGUUUCUGAGGAGGACCGGCUCAAUAAGACGGAGGAGGACAUAUACCGGUGUCUUAUCAAUGAAGUGUUGGUUCUUUGCCAUCCUCGCGUUCGCGGCCACAGCAAUAUCCUUGACCUGCAAGGUGUAUGCUGGGAUGUGUCGCCAGAGAACCAAGAUGCAGCCUCUCCAGACUUGGAAAAGCAAUAUAGAAUCUGGCCAGUCCUGGUAUUCGAGAAGUCACAGCUCGGAGACUUGUUCGACUUUGCAGGUCGACCCAAUACCCAAAAGCUCACAAUAAUGGAGCGAUGGAUGAUCUGCCUUGACAUCGGAAAGGCGAUAGCACACAUGCAAUCCAGCAAUGUUAUCCAUGGAGAUAUAAAGCCGCAAAAUAUUCUCAUCUUCAAACGCGACGAGGGGUUCACUGCCAAGGUUGCCGACUUUGGCUACUCAGCUUGGUAUGCCUCAGAUGACAAGCACAUUGUGCUUCCUCGGUCUCCUCUAUGGCAUGCUCCGGAAAUCGAUGAGUACCCUGAGUUCAAUUUGAGAAUGGCACUCCAGACAGAUGUCUAUUCAUUUGGCCUAGUCUGUCUAUGGUUCAUGUUUUACAGCUACUUGUCGGGAAACCCCCCACUUCCUGGCCUGGAUCUAUCUACUCCAUUGCUGCACUCCGACAACCCCAAGGAAAGGUCUCUUCAACUUCUAUCCCGUCUCAAGUCUUCGAAUAACAGCAACGUUUCUUUGAGCCAACUUGUAGAGCAUGUACUGUGCCAAGAAAGUGGACUGGAUCUUAUUUUCAAAAACAGUAUCUUAUGUUUUUUCCAAGGAUGUCUCGAUCCAGAUACGAAUGUGCGAAGCCCUGACGUACAGAGCUCACUACAAUGGGCCGUUAACUCAGAUACAGCUGACUUGCGAGUCACUUUGACUGAGAUGUAUUUCCCCACUGAGAACGAUUUCAAGGCAAGUCUGACUAUAAGAUCUUGCAUCCGCCACCAGUUGGAAGAAAUAGUCAGAUCAAAGCCAGAGACGCGACUAUCACAACAGCUGAAGAUUUGUUACCAACUCGAAUUUGGACGUCCAGACUCAGCAACUAAGGUUAUGUCUCUGUAUGAUGGUAAACCCCAUGAGACGCGUCUGAACCCAGGUCUGGGAACCAAUGGUCCAGGCGUAUCAUUGUUCGAACAGCAGGUUGCUGAUGGCUACCUUUCCCCUGCACGUUCCCUCAUUCAGAAAUAUGUCAACGAUGGUGUUCUGGAUACAGCCCAACGCACGAUUGAAGCUGACAUCGAGAGUCUUAGAAAGAUACCAGAGACGCGAUUUCUUGUGGCUCUGCUGAAGUCAAAUCUUUCACUAGUCUUCGGAGCUCAGGGACAAUGGAAUAAAGCUGAAAACCUAGAGAUUGAGUUCCAGAAGGAGCAGGCGAAUCUCUUGGGUAAUCGCAAUAGAGCAUGGCUGGGUAGAACGUUGAAUCUGGCGUACAUCUACAACCAUCAAGGUCUUUCAAAAAAGGCCGAGGAGCUUAGUUUACAAGCCCUUGAAACCUCAAAUGAGAUACUCACCAAGGAACAUCCUGACAUGCAGCUAGUAAUGCUCACCCUAGCAUCGACUUACUGGAGUCAGGACCGCUGGGAUGAAGCAUAUGAACUACAGCGAAGAGUCAUAGCAAUCAGAAAAAGGACCCUUGGUGAAGAUCAUCCCGAUACGUUGAGUAGCAUGAACGAACUUGCGACUACAUACUGGGCCCAAGGACACUGGAUCGAAGCUGAGAAAUAUGCAAGAGAAAUCGUCGAGACCAGUAAGACCGUGCUAGGUCAAGAGGACCCCCAUUUCUUGGAUCUCUUAUCAAACCUAGCUUCGAUCUACAGGGAUAUUGGUUGGUGGGACAAAGCUGAAGAUCUCGAGUUCGGCAUUCUGGAAACCAGGCUGAAGGUCUCUGGCCCAGAACACCCACAUACGUUGGCAAGCAUGGUCAACUUGGCAUCCACAUAUGCGAAACGGGAUCGAUCGGAUGAAGCACUUAAUUUAGUAACGAACGCGUUGGAGAUAAGUGAGAGAACACGGGGUCCAGAGCACCCUCAUACUCUUAGUACCGCCAUGGUGCUAGCUUCAUUGUUGCAAGUCCAAGAUGAGCUGGAGAAGGCAGAAAAGCUCAUGAUUACGACGAUGGAGACUUUGAAGAGGCUUCAAGGUCAACAUCAUUCAUUGACCUUGCUGGCGAUGGAGAGUUUAUGUUCACUCUACCUGGACCAAGCUCGGUGGGAAGAAGCUGAAACGCUGGGCCAAGAGGUCGUGGAUACAAGUAAAGAACAACUCGGAGAGGAUCACCCUCGCACCUUGAUGACAAUUUCAACCUCAGCAAAGGUCUAUCGCGAUCAAGGCAAGUGGGAAAGUGCAGAGAAGAUAGACUCGGAAGUCUUGGACAAAGCUGUCAAAACGCUGGGAGAAGAACAUCCUGAGACUAUGACCAUUAUGGCAAACUUGGCUAUUUCUUACUGGGGUCUUAAGAAACUAGAUGAGGCAGAAGCAUUGGAGAUCAAAGUUCUCGAAAUGAAGAGGAGGAUCUUGGGAAAUGGCCAUCCGUCAACAUUGACCAGCAUUGACAACCUGGCAGCUACAUAUGUUGAUCAGGGCCGUUGGGCGGAGGCUGAAGAGCUAGAGUUGGAACUAUUCACCACCAAAGCAAAAACACUGAACGAAGACUUUUCAGUUGCAAGAACAACUGCAGAGACUGAAGCGAUGCUGUUUUGGGAUUAUGACGAUAUUGAAGAGUCAGAAAGGCUGUGGCAUAUAGCUAUAGAGACGAGAGGGAGAAUUCUGGGCAAAGACCACUACUUUACAGUACAUACUAUGGAAAGACUUUUAGCUAGAUAUCAAGAGGAUGGGCGGUCGAAAGACAGUGAACAGCUGGCAGAGCAGAUUCGGGAGCUAAAGAAAGGUCAGAGAGAAGAUAGCCCUUCAACGAAUGCGGCGGCGCGACAAGGGGGGUUACUAGGCUUACUACCAGAGUAUACGGAUAAGGUUGACAGAGAGGUACUGAAGGACCUGGGGUUAGAGGUCCAGCUUAAAUAUAGAUAA